GGAGAUCGUUGCUACGUGACGCCUGUUGAUAUCCAGGAAGACGCUGGCCUAGCCGUAGCAACGGGGAAAGAAAUGGACGAUAGCUUUCAGCUCGGAAAUGCUGGAGCGGUAAAAAAUGUUGCAAAAUCCGGACGAAGGGCUCGACUUACCGCAGACCAAUCAUCGUUUGAGGAAUCUCGUUACGUAAGGAAGUCCUCCACCUCCACUUCAUUGGGAGAGGAUGAUGACGAGGGCCCCCCUCCUAAACCAGCCCGGAGGCAGGGCGGCUGGGCAGAAGAAAGCUCUGGGUCCAGUUCUGCCAAAUCUUCAAGAAGACCUGCAGCUGAGGAUCUGGAAGACCGUCGCCUGCGACCACAAACUCCCCAGGGAUCAGAUGAUGAAGGAGAUAUUCCAGUGAUUCCAGACCUCGAUGAGGUGCAGGAAGAGGAUCUCACCAUGCAAGUUGCCGCUCCACCGAGCGUUCAGGUGAACCGGGUAAUGACCUACAGAGAUCUGGACAAUGAUCUGAAGUAUUACUCUGCGUUCCAGACCCUAGAUGGAGAGAUUGACUUGAAGCUCCUCACCAAGGUUUUAGCCCCAGAGCAGGAGGUGAAAGAGGAAGAUGUGAGCUGGGACUGGGAUCAUCUGUUUACAGAGGUGUCCUCAGAGCUGCUGAUGGAAUGGGAUCAAGGAGAGAGUGAGGAGCACGCUGCAUAGCCAGUAACAUGAGCAGGAGGUUUGGACCGAGACUUUAGAUGGCUCCAGUGGGAACUGGCUGAAUGUCCAUUACACAGAAGGGCCAGUGACUUUGGUUAUAUUAACUUUAAUUACUGUUUGUUAUCCAGAAUUUAUAUUUUGUAAUGUGUAUAUACAGCAUUUCUUGCAUUUUCUAAAUAAAGUUCACUGCGCAGUGAGCAGUGCAGUGUUGUCUUA